AUGAUCGAUGAGCCAUGUCACUGUGAUUCCGUCGUUUCUCUCAAAGCGACCCCACCUUCGUUGCCUUCACGAGGGCAUCUCGUGCAGAUCUUCACCACGGUCAACGCCACCGAGCCAAGCUUCGAACUGCAUUUGGUCAGCCGUGAGCGCUGCUCGGCUGCUAUUUCCCCAAAGUUCAGCCGUCGAUUCGCGGCUCCCACCCCGUUCUCGCCAUCCGCUUCCAUUGCCUGA